AUGUCGUUCGCAGAAAAUAUCCUCAACCAUUUCCACCGGAACGGCUUCGAUCGUGUCACCUUUGGCCUUGACCGGUACCAAGGAGGCCGCUGGCUCAUCUACUGGAGAGUCACCGACUUGGCGUUCAUCGGGUUGCUCAUUCUUGUGUUCCCCAUCAUCGGUAGAAUCCAGCCAUUCCAGCGCCAGUUCAAAUUGAACGACACAACCAUCCAGCAUCCGUUCGCAGAACACGAGCGGGUGACCAACAUACAGCUUUUCUUCUAUUGCACGUGGGCGCCGGUGAUCACCGUGGGCCUCUUUUCGCUCAUAUUUUCCAAGCCUGGCGCAAGAUUGUAUACCGCGUAUGUGUCGGUCUUGGGUGUGUUUGUGUCUGUGUUCUCGACCAGCACCAUCACCGACAUCUUGAAGAACCACAUAGGCAGACUCCGGCCCGAUUUCUUGGCCCGGUGUGUUCCUGCCAAAGAUACACCCACCGAUGUGUUGGUGUUGGCCAAGGACGUGUGUACAACCGAUAACAUUGGUCGACUUAUGGAUGGGUUCCGGACCACGCCGCUGGGCCACUCGAGUCUUUCGUUCGCGGGUCUUCUUUUCGCCACGUUGUGGUUGUGUGGACAAUUGAGGGUGACAAAGUCUGAGGUUGGCGCCUGGAGAUGUGCGGUCGCCAUUGUGCCUGCGUUCGGUGCGUCGCUCAUAGCGUUGAGUCGGACUCAGGACUACAGACACCACUUCAUCGACGUGUUCAUUGGGCUGGUCCUAGGCUCGUGCGUGGCCAUGUGGCUGUACUUCCGGUUGUUCCCUGCCCUCAACAGCGCCUUGAGCUACGAGCCUAUUUUGUUGCUGGCACGCGAAGCCGCCGAGUCAGACUACAAUCCAGUAGAGGAAGUGUAG